GUCGCUGACGAGGGAUGCACACAUCAACCAUCUCCUGAGAUUAACAGAACGUCUUGCGAUGUCAUCGAAUUCCUCGGAGUCUGCGAGAUACGAAGAAAGUUAGAAAUCAACGUGAGCUGGAGGUACCGCAACACAGAUCUUUUGGGCAAAGGAGAAGGGCAGAGGAACCCGCAUGGAAUCGGAGUUAUCAUGGACAAAAAUCCUUUCCUGCCGCUUUACUUCCCGCGAGUCGGUGUACUCCUUCUACGGCUGGAUUCAAACAAGACCCUCAAAAUCGUUAAAGCCGAUGCCCCUCCCCCCCUCACUACGCCCAGCGAUGACGAUGAGGUUGAAGAAUUCUAUUCGGAACUCGAAUCACCUGUCACCAUGUACCCAUACGGUAGUGAUGGGCGACUUCGACGCAGGAUUUGGUCGAGAGGGGAGCCGAAGCGAAGCACAUUGGCAGGUUUGGUAUAG